CUCCCUCUUGUUCAUUCACAACAUCAUCUUGUGUCUUGAGGAAACACAGCAGCUUACUGGUUGACCUGCGUCUCAGGUAUCAGUACACCUUCACAGAGACAGACGGAGGAAGCAACCCAACACUAACACACCUGCCGACCUGACCGACUGACACCUUCAUCAGAUCAGUGAUAUCUGUUUCCAGCUGACCCCAUGACAGUCAUUGUCUCGUCAUCAUGAGAUCACACCACCUCUUCCUCCUGUUCUACCUCACAGCUCUCUGCUGCUACUGGGGAGCAUCAGAUGCACAACGAAAUGAGACCUGCCUUACGCAAGAACUGUGUACUCAGGCUGGUGAUCCUACCUCUAACUUCCUCCAGUGUGUGGGUCUGCCAGCUACAGACACAGGGAGAGACCACCUGCAGAACCUGAAGGACACCAUGGACGCUGCCCUGGACGUCUACUCCUUCAUGAGAUCCAGUCUAUCCCAGACCCCAGUGUUCAGACUAGAGCUGGGUAUCAGUGUGAACCCAGAGGCAGAAGCCUACCAAGAUGAGGACCUGAUAAAGGUGUGGAUGGAGGUGAAACUGAAACCACUCCUCUCCAGCAUCUCCAGAGGGUUCCUAACCUGCCUCAGCAACAAGAACUUCAGCUGCAACACCUACCAGACCAUGGUGGAGCAGUUGAGUGAUCAUUUCUCAGAGAUGGAUCCGAUCAGACAGAGGUGGAUCUAUAUGCUCUUCAUGUACCCAUUCCUGUCCGGGAGAGAGCAGCCCUUCCUCUCCGGGGAGAGAGCAGGCUGUGUGAGGCCAGGGGAGAACAGUGAGGACUGGCUGAUCAGGAACUUUGGCUCGUUUAAAGCCGUCGCUCGUAUGAGGGACUUCACAGCCCUCAACAUGGUCUUUAGUGGGCUGGAGGUGCUACACCUGUUAACUCCGGAGCAGAAGGCAGAGUUGUUGUUGCAUCCGGAGGUGGAGGGACUGGAGAAUGGAACCCUGAGUAUGGUGUUCCACACCCUGAUGACAGAGGUCCACUCCCCCAUGGAGAACUCUACCUGGACCACACCAGGGUACCCCAACCCCACCUACCCCCCCUCCUACACCCCAGCGUACCCACCCAGACCCACGUCGGACGACCAAUACUCACCACGGCCCCCCUCACCCCAGGAGAGCCUUCGAGAGGUGGUGAACGGGUUCAUGGGCGUCUUCAGGCCUUUCGGAAGCUUGGUCAGGGAGUUUGUGUCGCUCACGCACAAAAAGCCCCUGUCUGAGAUCAGAAGCACCACUCUAACUCAGGUUGUGUUGAACUGGACUCUGGCCGAGCUGGCCGGGAACUACAGGUCCCAGGAAGACGAGCCAGAAGACUGGGCGGAAGACAUAUUGGACGUAGAGGACUGGUAUGACCACGUAGUGGUGCCUGUUCUCCGCCGUGUCCUGCCCACCGACCAGACGCACAUACCUGGCAGCCUCAAGGCCGUUUUCCACAAAGUGUUCUACCUGAACUCAGACAUGGACAGCAUGGACAAUGACAAUAUGCCCCAAGACAUAUGUAGCAUCACCCUAGAGGAGAAUUCAUGUGGGUUGACCAAUGCUGUGGAGAAAGUGGCGCGCGUCCUGCACUGUGUUGCCCGUAGCAACUUGCCGUUGUCCGAGGAGACUGUUAUGCGUCUGGUCGUGGAGCUGACCGGGCGGCUUAACUCAUUGGUCCAGAAGUUCUCCACCGCGAACUUCAGUGAGGUGGCACACCACUUCCAGGAGGUGUUUGGCCAGGCAGACUCCCCUGCUCUGACCCAGGAGAAUCUCAAUGACCCAGACUUCAUCAGGCUCUGGUUCCAGAUCAAACUGAAGCCCCUGCUUCCCUCCGUCCCCCCCGGCCUUCUCUCCUGCCUCAGCACCAAGAACUUCACCUGCCCCGUCUACCAAGCCCUUGUGGAGGAGCUGAGUGAACAAAUGAAGCUGAUGGACCAGGAGGACGAGCAGAUGUAUGAAAUGCAGGGUCACGUGAUCUACAAACAGUUCCUGUUGCCCUUCCUGUUGAAUCACAACUCCUCAGACCCACAGUGCAUCUCUUCAGCCAGUAGCAGUGCAGACUGGCUGAUCAGGAACUUUGGUGGAUUCUCUGCAUUCGCUCCUCUGAGGGAUUUCUAUGAUCUAAAUGCUCAUUUCUCUGCUUUGUCAGCCCUGGAGGUUCUCUCUCCAAAACAGACAGCAGAGCUGGUGGUGUUGCCUCUUCCUGGUCUUCCAGGGAAAGAUGUCAUCAUCAACACAGUGUUUGACUUCCUGACCGAGUCACCAAAGGAGAGGAAACUCUCUGACUUCCUGUACCACCUCAUAAGGCUGUCUGCGGAGAUAACGAUGCCCUGCAAAUCGUACAAAAUCAUCUUUGAGCGUCUGUACCAGGCCGUAUCGUCUGUACCUCCAGAGAUGGAGCCAGUCGUCUGGGCCAACAUAGACAACCUGAUGCAGACCGCUCCAGAAGGUUGUGGAUUGGAUGAACAGUGCCCAUCAACACCGUUUAAUUAUACCAGAGUCUGUGCUGGAGUCAACAGCUAUCCACUACAACACCACCUGCACACGGGGAAUAUGACAGAAGUUAUAUGCAAUUUCAGCUUGGAACAGUAUGCUUGUUCACAGCUGAAAGACUUCACUGCAGAACACCUGGUGUCUCUUCUGAGAUGUAACCUGCCCGGCAACUCCUCUCACUCUAAAGAGACGUGGAAGGUUCUCCUCACCAAACUGGCCUCUGUCUUAGACCAAGCUCUGGACAUGUUCUCCAAUAUGUCCAAACCUGUGAUUGGUCCAGCAGUAUCCCAGGCGCUCGAUGUGAUUGGAGAGAUCAGGGUCAACAGACUGACUGAGGAUCAGCUGAGAGACAGUGAUGUCAUCAGGAAGUGGUUCUCUGGGCGUCUGAGACUGUUCCUGCCGUCUGCAUCAGGAGUGUUUCUGCACUGCCUCAGCACCAAGAACCUGAGCUGUGACUCGUAUCAACAGAUACUGAGGGAGUUCAGCAAUCAAUUUGACCAAAUGGACCAGAUGAGACAAGAGCUGGUGGUCAAAUACUUCAUCCAGCCCUUCCUGACCAAAAACUCCUCAGACUCUGGCUGUGUGUCCAACUCUAACAGCAGUGUGACCUGGCUGCAGAAGAACCUGGGACGGUUUUCAGUCCUGGUGUCCCUCAGCGACCUGUUGAAACUCAACACAGACUUCUCUCCUCUGUCAGCCCUGGAGGUUCUCUCUCCAAAACAGACAGCAGAGCUGGUGGUGUUGCCUCUUCCUGGUCUUCCAGGGAAAGAUGUCAUCAUCAACACAGUGUUUGACUACCUGACCGAGUCACCAAAGGAGAGGAGACUCCCUGAGUUCCUGUACCACCUCGUCAGGCUCUCUGAAGAGAUGAUGCUGCCAUGUGACAGCUUUAAGACCAUCUUUGAGCGUCUGUACCAGGCCUUACCGUCUGCACCUCCAGAGAUGGAGCCAGUUAUUCAGGCCAUUAUAGACAACCUGAUGCAGACCGCUCCAGAAGAUUGCUUGCCGAUGAAUAUGAAGUGUCCAAUAACACCAGCGAACGAUACCAGAGUCUGUGAAGGAAAUGCCAGUGAUUCGCUACAAAGUUAUUUGGCGACAUCAAAUACAACGAACGUGCCCUGUAACUUUACCCUGGAGGAGUAUGCCUGUGCAUCGCUGAAAGACUUCACUGCAGAACACCUGGUGUCUCUUCUGAGAUGUAACCUGCCCGGCAACUCCUCUCACUCUAAAGAGACGUGGAAGGUUCUCCUCACCAAACUGGCCUCUGUCUUAGACCAAGCUCUGGACAUGUUCUCCAAUAUGUCCAAACCUGUGAUUGGUCCAGCAGUAUCCCAGGCGCUGGAUGUGAUUGGAGAGAUCCGGGUCAACAGACUGACUGAGGAUCAGCUGAGAGACAGUGAUGUCAUCAGGAAGUGGUUCUCUGGGCGUCUGAGACUGUUCCUGCCGUCUGCAUCAGGAGGGUUUCUGCACUGCCUCAGCACCAAGAACCUCAGCUGUGACUCGUAUCAACAGAUACUGAGGGAGUUCAGCAAUCAAUUUGACCAAAUGGACCAGAUGAGACAAGAGCUGGUGGUCAAAUACUUCAUCCAGCCCUUCCUGACCAAAAACUCCUCAGACUCUGGCUGUGUGUCCAACUCUAACAGCAGUGUGACCUGGCUGCAGAAGAACCUGGGACGGUUUUCAGUCCUGGUGUCCCUCAGCGACCUGUUGAAACUCAACACAGACUUCUCUCCUUUGUCAGCCCUGGAGGUUCUCUCUCCAAAACAGACAGCAGAGCUGGUGGUGUUGCCUCUCCCUGGUCUUCCAGGGAAAGAUGUCAUCAUCAACACAGUGUUUGACUUCCUGUCUAAGUCACCAAAGGAGAGGAGACUCCCUGAGUUCCUGUACCACCUUUCCAGGCUGUCUGUGGUGACUCCAGUCGGCUGCACGGUGUACCAGACCAUUUUUGUGAGACUGUACCAAGCCAUGUCAGCGUUGCCUCAAGAGAUGGAGCCAAUCAUCGGGGCCAGUGUUUAUGACCUCACAGAAUCUGCACCAAUGGAUUGUUCUCUUGUACCAGUUAACCAACAGUGUCCAGUGUCAUCACACAAUGCAACAAGAGUCUGUGCCGGAGUUGACAGCUCGGCUCUACAACAGCUCUUGGACUCUGGGAUCUCGACGGGACGUCUAUGUGACUACAGCAUCAAACAAUACGCCUGCUCACAGCUGAAAGACCUCACAGCUGAGAACCUGGUCACACUGCUGAAAUGUAAACUAUCAGAGAACAACACAGACUCCAAAGAGACCUGGAAGCUGUUCUUCACUAAAGCUUCUGCAGUUCUGGAUCAGGCUCUUGUACUUCUCUCCAACCAGUCUGAGCCUGUGAUUGGUCCAGCACUAUCCCAGGUGCUGGAUGUGAUUGGAGAGAUCAGGGUCAACAAACUGACUGAGGAUCAGCUGAGAGACAGUGAUGUCAUCAGGAAGUGGUUCUCUGGGCGUCUGAGACUGUUCCUGCCGUCUGCAUCAGGAGGGUUUCUGCACUGCCUCAGCACCAAGAACCUCAGCUGUGACUCUUACCAAGCUGUGGUGAAGGAGUUUGGAGCCCAGUUUGAUCACAUGAACCUGGAGCAGCAGCAGCUGGUUCUGAAGGAGCUGGUCGUCCCCUUCCUGUCUCGACCCACAUCAGACUCUGGCUGUGUGUCCAACUCUAACAGCAGUGUGGCCUGGCUGCAGAAGAACCUGGGGCGGUUUUCAGUCCUGCUGUCCCUCAGCGACCUGUUGAAACUCAACACAGACUUCUCUCCAUUGUCAUCCCUGGAGGUUCUCUCUCCAAAGCAGACAGCAGAGCUGGUGGUGUUGCCUCUUCCUGGUCUUCCAGGGAAAGAUGUCAUUAUCAACACAGUGUUUGACUUCCUGACCGAGUCACCAAAGGAGAGGAGACUCCCUGAGUUCCUGCAACAACUUGUCAGCCUGACCAAACAGGAAAAUAUCCCUUGUGCCUCCUACAAGAUCAUUUUCGCCAGACUGGACCAGGCCGUACCCACUGUUACCAUGGAGAUAGAGUCCGCCCUCACCUCCAGCAAGACGGCUUUUUGA